CAUUUCUCCUUCUCUCUCAAUUCUUCCCCUUUCUGCAAAUCUCCACCUUGUUUCCAUUCUCCGAUCUUCACCAUCUUCUUGCCGAUUUCAGCACCAUCACAACCUCCAUCAUCAUCCUCGAUCACUACUGAAACAGAAGAAGGAUUCGACAGCCAAAACUUCUGUCUCUUUACCUUGGGUUUUCUUCCUCCUAGUAUUCUGCAUAUCCGGUUUUUGAGGAGAAAGGAAGGGUUUCGUUUGGGGCAACAACGGCUGAAGAAUAUGGGUUUGUUGAACCCCAGCUGGGUUCUCCAGCAGAACCCAGAUCCCGAGCUGGGUUCUCCAACAGAACCCAGAUCUGGGUUCUGCUGGAAAAACCCAACAUUUGGGUUCUGCUGCCUUCGUUCUUGAUUUUCUUGAAUUAAUUAGGGUUUCUCAAUUGCUUUUUUAUCUUUCGCUACUUCUGAUUUUGAUUGUUUGUCUUCGAAUUUUUGUUAGCUUCGCUUUAGGUAUUGGAAUUUUAGGAAUUUAAGGUAUUCAAAGAUGAAUGAAGGAAAAGGGGAGGAUUCCCGUGUCUGAUUAUUUUGGGGGCAAACAUUUGGACUUCUAGAAAAUUCCAUGAAUUUGUUAGACACGAGAGAAUUGGAAUUGGUAGGAAGAGAAUUAGGGCAUUCUCGAGCCAACAUAGGGGAAGUGAAUGCUCGAUAAAUUUUCUCCUUUUCCUAUAUUUUCUCGGCAUCCAAACAGCGGGAUCUAGCAUAAAAGUUAAUGCAUAAAAGAUAAAUUUGUUAAUGUUGCAGAUCUCAGAAUCUGAUUUAGCAGCUACUCACUACAACUCGAAAGACAAAUCUCAAAUUGAGCUCAUGCCUCAUCUGCAGCAGAAACCCAGAUGUGGGUUCUGCUGUAGAACCUGAUCUAGGUGCUUGAAUGCUUGGUUGAAUUUUGCUUAGAUUUGUUCUUGUUGUAAUUUGGGAAAUGGAAUUAGAGAAAGGGUAAAUUUGUAAUUUUAUCCUUAUAUUUUUUGGUUUUGUUUUGGUUAUGUGGGGGGUGCACACCCGGGUGUUGGAUCCGGGUGUGCACCACUCAUUAUCCUAUAUCAAAUCAUGGGGGUGUGAUUAUUUUCAGG